GCUCCCUUGGGUUCGAUUCCGGAGUUACCAGCACGUUCAUGCCGGGAAAUAACAGCAAGCGAAGGAAAAAAUACUGCAAGCAACAAAUACUGGCUGGAUCCAUCUGGCACAGGAAAGGCAGUUUUGGUUUACUGUGGUAUGAAUUUUCACUCUCUGUUUAAAUUGUAGAUUCUUUUAAUAGCGUCUCUCUGUUUGCGACAACUAAGAAGUGUUUUGCGACAGCUAAGAAGGGUUUUGCGACAACUAACAAGUGUUUUGCGAAACUAACAAGUGGUUUGCGAAACUAACAAGUGUUUUGCGACAACUAAGAAGUGUUUUGCGACAACUAAGAAGUGUUUUGCGACAACUAAGAAGUGUUUUGCGACAACUAAGAAAUGUUUUGCAACAACUAGAGUUUGGCGACAAUUUGAAUCUUCUUCUGCAUGUUAUGCAAGACUAUUUUUCUGAUAAAUUAAUGUGUGGGUUCCUAUUACUGUGCGAAAACUAAGAACUAAGAAGUGUUUUGCGACAACUAAGAAAUGUUUUGCGACAACUAAGAGGUGUUUUGUGACAACUAAGAAAUGUUUUGUGACAACUAGGAAGUGUUUCGCGACAACUAAGAAGUGUUUUGUGACAACUAAGAAGUAUUUUGUGACAGCUAAGAAGUGUUUUGUGACAACUAAGAAGUGUUUUGUGACAACUAAGAAGUGUUUUGUGACAACUAAGAAGUGUUUUGUGACAACUAAGAAAUGUUUUGCGACAACUAAGAAGUCUUUUGCGAAAACUAAGAAGUGUUUUGUGACAACUAAGAAGUGUUUUGUGACAACUAAGAAGUGUUUUGCGACAACUAAGAAGUGUUUUGUGACAACUAAGAAGUGUUUUGUGACAACUAAGAUGUGUUUUGUGACAACUAAGAAGUGUUUUGCGACAACUGAGAGGUGUUUUUGCGACAACUAAGAAGUGUUAUGGGAUACAUUACAACACGACUUUUGUGUUCCUCAAUUUUGAUGAAUUGUGGGAGAUGAAUCGUACUUUAUUCGAAUGUGGUUUACGAAAAUCAGUAGAGUUGAAGGAUGGCAGAGUGUACGUCAUUACGUCGACAUUGGAAAAGACAGUUAAACUGAGCAGCGCCACAGUUAAAUGCAAACACUGCAACAGAUCGUUCAAAGUUUAACAAUAUUCGGACAGCCACGUACAAUUCAAGCACCCGCAUCUAUAAAAACAUUGACUAUUUUUGUAGACAUCAACAACCAAUCAGGUGAAACCAACAUGCACAGAAUGGCUGAGAGUCAACAGCAGCUGAGGAUGUGCUAUGUGAAUUGGCCGGUGUUGUGCAAGGUCAAACUCAAAGGCGAAGCAACACUCGAAGGGGAAGUAACAAGCGAAAGUCCUACACCAUCGUAUUCAUAAAAAAAAAACACUAGAUCUUUGGAUUCACUGAAAUUAUCAACAAAUCAGUACAACACAGCUGUAAAACAACAAGGAGUCACCAGAUCGCUGGAAAUAAGUGGGAAGAAAACAGAGACAAAAUUCUUGCAGAACUGACUAUGAACAGGACAAAGAAGAACACAGGUGACGCAAAGCCAAUGAAAAAAAGGAAGAGGAUCGCUAAGAACAGGUCCUCAUGCACUGAUAAAUAUCCUCUGGCUUCCAAUCUUUUACUCGCUAAGUUUAAACUACGGAGAGCAGCAAGAAGCAAAGUGUCCAAACUUUGGUUAAAAAGUAAUGAAAUUGAAAAUUAAAGCAUGCUAUGGCGCAGAAGAAGCUCCAAAAUUUAAGGGAAGCAGCAACUGGUUCCAGAGAUUCAGAGAAAAACACAACACAUUACUGAGGAGAAGGAUCAACUAGUAAAAAAAAAAAGACUGGGCAGAAGAUGGCCGGGAUACGAUCCAGAAAUUCCAUAGGGAUUUGAGGAAAGCCUCGAAAACACAAAGGAGAAGAAACAAGUCCCAUACAGUUGACCCAAAGAAUACAAGAUUGAUACCUUAAAAUAGAUACAAUAUCGACCAGGUAGGUUCCUGUCCCAUUUGUAAACGAGCAAGAUAAAACCUACGACACAUUGGGUGCUAAGCAAGUGUGCGUGUCACAACCAUCUUCUGGUUUAGAUAAACGACAGGCUACUCUACAACUUUGUAUUAGGGCUGAUGGGGAACAAAAUGUGAAGCCAGCUCUUAUCUUCAGAGGAAAAGGGCGUGUGGCCACUGAGGAGAAAGAAAAGUAUGACAAGAGGGUUGAUGUGUAUUUCCAGCAAAAUGCUUAGAUUAAUGAAGAAAUCAGCAUGCGGUGGGUUCAGGGCACACUUAUUCCAGGAAUUAGGAAUGACUAAAAAGAAUAAGUUCUAUUUGUAGACCAUGUCGGCUUCCAACAAGGUCAACAAUUCCAUGAAACAUGCAGAAAUCAGAUCAACACUACAGUUUACAUGCUGCCUGAAAACCACACUGACAAAAUCCAGCCCAUUGAUGCAGAAUGUGGUCGGAUUAUGAGAGGUAAAAUUGGUGCAACAAUGGAAACAUGGCUGGAAGAGGAGAACAAUCUCGAUAAAUGGCAGGAUAGACUUUCAGCAAAGGAUAGAAGAAGACGGAUUGCACCCACGAUUCGCUUUCCUCAGUCCCUUUGGAUUAAACGUGGGUACUCUUAUUUGUCUGCUCCGGAUCUUCAUUCUGACAUUGACAUAACGAUUUUCAUGGAUGCGCCAUCUAACCCGGAUGUGUCUCUCGAUGAUGACUCAACCGCCUCAAAGGUUUGCAAGAUUACCCUGCUAUAGCAGCUAGUUUACAGAGGGGAUAAUGAUGUUGUUUGUGUUUGUGAGACCUGGCUCAAUGACUCUGUCAUGGAGUGUGAGCUGCUUUAUGGCUACUCUUUCUAUCGAAGGGGUAGAGAAGGACGCGUCGGCGGCGGUUUAUUGUUCGCUAUUAAAACUGAUCUACAGGCCUUUCGCCGUUUGGAUCUUGAGAAAGAAAACACCUAACUGAUCGUUGUUGAAAUUAGAAUGCUGAACUGUAUUCCCGUUAUCUUGUACACUUUUUAUCGCCCGCCUGGUUCUUGACCUGAGAUUCGUCAUGAUUUGAACUCUGCUUUCAGAGCAAUGCUGAGUCACGUCGCAUUGUUUUGGCAGGAGAUGUUAAUUUACUCUCUAUCGACUAGUCCGCCGAUUUACCAAUCUCUUUGGGUAUUGGGAUUCAUGCGAUGGAUAGAUCUUUUUUUUGUGUGUAAUUGUCCAGAAAUUAUCACAAACGUUCUCACUUCAACUCCGGAGAGGUGUGGGUUUCCAGCGGAUCAUCACAUCUCAGAAUUUACUGUCCUUUUAAAAUUUAAGCUGUCUAAGUCUGUUCGCGCUACACCUACGAUUUCAAACGCGGGAAUUUUCAAGAUCUUUGCAGUCUCCUGUCACAUACCCCUUUGGAAAUUGCACUUUCUGGAGGCUUUGACGAGAGCUGAGCUUUAUGAAAGGAUUUGUUUUUGUCAGCUGUAGACCAAUGUACACCUACUAAGUCUGUAAAAGAUACUAACUCGCCUCCCUGGAUAGACAGUGAAGUUCGCCAUCACAUUCCUAAGAAAUAUGGGGUUCUAAGGAAAUAUCGCCUAAAUAAGUCCGACGAUAACAAUCUGAAACUGCGCUCCUUGAGUCAACAUGUUGAGUACCUGGUUAAAAGAAAACAUCGCCUUUAUUUGGAGAAAACUGAAGGAGCAUCUUCUGAGAAUCCAAAAUUGUUUUGGAGUUAUCAUAAAGCCGUUCUGCACCACCGAGCCAAACAAAAUUCACUGAUAACCUAUAACGGCAUAGAGGCUACGACCCCAGCUGAAAAGUGGAUCUUUCAAAUUCUUAUUUUUCAUCCGUCUUUACUCCUCCGAGUCCCGUUGCAAACUACGAUAUUUCCGCUCUUUCAGUGCACCAGCAUAGAUCAGUUAUGCAAGUAACGAAGUUGCAAAAUGUUUAGCCACUUUGGUUACCUCUAAAGCGUGCGGCUCUGAUAACACUCCUCCGCGCCUUCUAAAAGAAUGCAGCAAUCAAAUUGCACCUAGUCUUUGUUCGCUUUUCAAUCUCUCCUUACGAACUGCUCGCAUACCGUCUGAAUGGAAAUAAGCCAAUGUCACACCGGUACGUAAAAAGGACUCUAUGAAACCGGCUGAAAAUUAUAGGCCUAUUUCCUUGUUAUGUAUUCAAAGCAAAGUCCUGGGACGCUGUGUCUGUAUUAAACUUUAGGAUCAUGUUAAACAAUACAUCAGGCCUCUCCAGCAUGGCUUUUUGCGAAAUCGCUCCUGCGUCACACAGCUGUUAUCUGUUCUUAAUACCACUGGUCAUAACCUGGACAAAAAUAUUUAAACAAAUGUUAUCUACCUGGACUUUGCCAGCUUUCGAUUCCGUCGAUCACUCAGUUUUGCUUCAAAAGCUCAAACGAUAUGGUGUGGAAGGCGACACGCUUUCCUGGUUUACAGAUUACCUAAGUUGAAGAUCUCAAAGGGUCAUUUUGGAUGGUGUUGCCUCGCAGUGGGUCCCAGUUACAUCGGAAGUUCCUCAGGGCAGCCUACUUGGAUCAUUUCUAUUUUUUGUUUUUAUUAAUGAUCUGCCAGGUGUUCUACCGGAAGGUACUCAAUCUGCUCUCUACGCGGACGACACCAAAGUCUUCAGUUCCAUCUCGUCUAUAGCAGAUUGUGAACGACAACAACAAACUCUGAAAAACCUGAAUUCCUGGAGUCACGACAAUAACAUACGAUUCAAUGCCUCUAAAUGUAAAGUUCUAACUAUAACGCGCAAGAAAAAGCCUUUACUUCAAGACCUUUUUUAGGCCCUGAAAAAGUACUGCAGGUGCGUGAGGAGAAGGAUCUGGGUGUAGUUAUCUCGGACAAACUUACCUGGGACUCACAUGUACACUUGAUUACAGCAAAAGAAAACAAACUUUUAGGUCUGCUAAAGAGAUCAUGUCCCUUGUUAACUAAAGUGGCAGUAAGGUCCUUGUAUUCAGCGAUUGUGAGGCCUCACCUUUGUUAAGGAACUGAAUGCUGACAUUUUUCUCUGACUUUAAGUUUGCUUGUGGAUUUGGAACCUUGGAAAGAGGGAGAGGGGGCUGGUGCAUUAUGAAUUUGCUUGACUUUUGCUGCGUUUUCAGUUGUUUAUCACCAGAACUACUACCCCUCCCCCCCUCCCCCCCCUCCCCCCUCUCCCCCAAUGUAAUACUAUUGCCUUGAGUGAUGUGGUUAAGGUUAGUUUCAUCCAUGAAUUGAUUAAAAUGUUCUGAUUGCACAUUUAUUUCAUCUGUUAGUAGUCUAUGCAGUAUUUAAUAUUUAGGAUCAAUUUUUCAGGCUGGUUUUGCAGAAAACACCCGAUAUAUAAGAACAAAAUCAGCCUGAACCACUAAAACACGUGUUCUUUUAAGCAAAGCCAAAAGUAAUCGUUACAAUUUCUUACUAGUAUCAUAACCUUUAUUCUUUUGUGUAUGUGUUUUACGAAGGAUUUACAGCUGUUUUUACAAAUCUUGGUAAGAAUGGAACAGAGGGUCCAAACUCAGUUGGCAGUCACUACACAGGUCAGGAUCAUGACGGACAAGUUACAGUGUCCAGCGGUAUUCAACUGUGGACUGUGCCGCACACUGGUGAAUACAGAAUAGAAACAAUAGGAGCCUUAGGGGGGUACAGCGAGGACAGUGUCAUCAACGGAGGGAGAGGGGCGCGGAUGAUUGGAAACUUUAUGUUGACCAAAGAUGAGAUCAUUCGUAUACUUGUUGGUCAAAGAGGGGAAAGAUCGAAUUCUUACAAAAAUGCUGCCUCAGGCGGAGGAGGUACAUUUGUAGUAAGAGGAGAAAAGCCUUUGAUCAUAGCCGGAGGUGGAGGAGGAGUUGCUAAAAUGACAGAACAACAUUCAGGAUGUGAUGCGUCCAUAAACACAACAGGAAAUGCAGGGUAUAACUCGCCAUUCCUGUCAGGAGGAAGCAACGGAAAUGGAGGACAAACUGAUAAACCGCACUCUGGUAGGUGAAGAAUUUCCUAUUUAUAACUUCUGAAUUUUUUUUUUGCAUCCAUCAGUAUUUCGAAAAAAGAGGUGGUACUGGUCGCUCAAAUUUGGAUUUUUCUCAGAAUUACUAAAAGCCAUGAUCUGUUAAGUUGCUAAUGUCAACUGUAAAUCUCUUGAUUGUAGGUGGUGGUGGCGGUGGCUUUAACAGUAAUGGAGAAGACUCACAGCAAUCUCAUGGAGGGGGAAAGGGAGGUAAAGGGUUUCUGAAGGGGGGAAAGGGGGGAGCAUAUUGGGGUGGUUUCGGAGGUGGGGGUGGUUCUCGUUUUAUUGGUGAGAUACCUGGAGGCGGUGGAGGGUACUCCGGGGGAAGUGGAGGUGCGAAUAAAAAUAUUUCCUGUGGGGGAGGGGGAGGAUCUUUCAACAACGGAACAAAUCAGCAAAAUGAAUGUUGUUAUAAUGCUGCUGGGCAUGGUAAAGUGAUCAUAACAUUUCUCCACUGA